AAUCUUUCUAUGAGUGGCCUUCCAGUUUAAUGGAAAGCCUUUUUUUUGAUGAUCAAAAAGUCACGAAAAGUCGAAAACCCUAACAAUCCAAGCUCAAACCGAAUUCCAGGGCCAAAGAAGAUGCUAACCCCUAGUAAUAGCUCCACACAACAUCACACAAGCCCGAAUGGAAGUGAUUGUCCAAACUCAAAUUCGAAGCCAAAGGUAAUUGUGAUCAUGGGAGCAACAGGGGCCGGAAAAUCCAGACUUGCAAUAGACCUUGCCUCCCACUUCCCAAUUGAAGUCAUAAAUGCCGAUUCCAUGCAGGUCUACAAAGGAUUAGAUGUGCUGACCAAUAAAGUUCGUCCUGAAGAGCAGAGAGGUGUGGCACAUCAUCUUCUUGGUACUAUCAGCUCAAAUGUAGAAUUUACAGCAAAUGAUUUUCGUGAUUUUGCUAUUCCACUCAUUGAUGAAAUAUCAUCUCACAAUCUUUUGCCUGUCAUUGUUGGUGGAACAAAUUACUAUAUACAGGGACUUGUUAGCCCAUUCCUUAUGGAGGCUCUUUGUGAAGAUACAGAAAUAAAUGGCUCACUGGAUACCGUUGCCAGCGAGCAAUCCAAUCCUGAACUCAAAAUUGAACGGGAAGGUUUUUGUUAUACUUAUGAUUGUCUUAAAGCCAUCGAUCCAGUUGCAGGUGCUCGAAUUCAUCCAAAUGAUAAUAGGAAGGUCCAUCAAUACCUAAAGUUGUAUUCACGAUUUGGUAUUCCUCCAAGUAAAGUUCUACAAGAAAAGACAUCAAAGGACAGAACUGGGGUCAUGUUGAUAGUUCAAGAUUUAACUUCUGUUUUAUAUGUGUGGAUGCAUCUCUAGCGGUGUUGGACUCUUUUGUUGAUAAAAGGGUUGAUCACAUGAUUGAAUCUGGUCUGCUUGAUGAAGUUUUUGACAUUUACCGCACAGAUGCAGACUACACAAAAGGCCUCCGCCAAGCCAUUGGUGUUCGGGAAUUCAACGACUUUUUCACGCGCUACUUUCAACCACCUAGUACCCAGAGUUUUAAACAAACUGUACAUGAUAUUCUGUAUGGCCCUAGUGAUGAUGAUAGAAAAGUUCUUCUGACUGAAGCUAUUGACAAAGUGAAAAUGAACACCAGAAGACUAGUUCGUCGCCAAAAGAGAAGAAUCCAACGCCUGGAAAUGCUAUUUGGAUGGGAGAUACAUUAUAUUGAUGUUACAAGUUCCAUAUCGGGGGCUUAUGAUGAGAUCUGGGAAGCAGAAGUGGUUGAGCCAGCGGUUGCAAUAAUAAACUCUUUUCUCAACAGCGAAUCAUGCUCGGAGAACACCAAUGAUAAUACUAAAGAUAUAACACUAAAGCUAAGGGAUUUAUGGAAUCAAUACGUCUGUGAGAUUUGAAUGGGCGGGGAAAUAACGCGCUUAGUUGGUCGAGUGGUGGAAGAUUUGGAUCAAUAGAUCAAGAUUCGAAUCCCCGCAACGACCGGGUGGAGCUCACAGAACCUGAAAAAAGACUGAGCCUCUGGUGCGCACGGGUGUAUGGACCUACUGCCAUUUUGCUGACUGAAUCAUCGUGACUAACCUCCCCAUCAUCCUGUCGGGUCGGGGUGAGGGCUCCUAGGGCGGGAGAUUUCACCUUUUUGAUCAAUUGUUGGAUCAAUUGAAUGGACGGGGAAUAACUGAACACAUGCUCGGCUGGAUGACAUCAUGUGAGUACGUACGACAAUGAAGCAGUCCACGUGGAUAAAGGACUAGUGAGUAGUGAUAAGUUAUUCGGCCCCGGCCCCGAUAAUUCUUGUGUACACAUUUUUGUUUAUGCUCUUAUUUUUUCUAUACAAAAAAUAUUUGCAUUUUUUAAAUGAAUUAUUUUUUGUUUUUGUAGAAGCUAAACAUAUA